AUGCUGGAGGGCACAGGGGCAGAUAUCAGUGAGCCCAUCUUGUGUGACAUUGGGGAGUUUCACUGCCAUGACCAGCUGACCUGUGUCCCCGAGGCCUGGCUCUGUGACGGAGAGCCUGACUGUCCAGAUGCCUCCGAUGAAACAGCCGGCAGCUGUGUGGGGGAGGUGGUGGUCAGAUGUCCCCUUAAUCACAUACAGUGCAUUGGGACAAGAAAAUGCAUUCACUUUAACAAGCUGUGUAACGGAGCUGUUGACUGUGAGGAUGGUGACGAUGAGGGGGUUCAUUGUCGAGCUUCCAUCCUGGCUUCGGUCUUUGCUCAGUCUGCCAGGGGAAUGAUGGAUAGCUCUCUGCCACUUCAGUGGAGACAAAGUCUCAAGUUGGGUUUCUCAGAGCUAUUGUCAGCCUGCCACGAACUGCGGUGCCGUUACGGCUGCGUCAUGACGAGGAACGGCACCUUCUGUUUCUGCGCCGACGGCUUCGAGGUCGGCGAGGACGGGACGAGCUGCCAUGAUCAUGAUGAAUGUGCAGUGUAUGGGGCUUGUAGCCAAACCUGCAUGAACACCUAUGGGUCAUACAAAUGCAGCUGUACAGAGGGAUACACUCUGCAGGCUGACAGAAUGUCCUGCAAAGCCAAACUAGAUCCCGGGGAAAGUCCACCAGUUCUCUUGAUUGGAGGUUUGGAUCGUAUUCUAACCACUCAGCUAAAUGGAUCUAGUCUACAGACCCUGAGGCCUGUAGACACAAAUGGAACUCUGUCUUUGGACAUCAACUCUAAUGAGGAGUCAGUGUGCUGGGUGGUAGCCACAGACUCCUCUGGUCGUCUUCGCUGUGCGAAGAUGAGCAAUAGGAGCGGCUUUACAGAAGAGAGGGAAAUAAAAACAUCACAGUCUUUGCAGAAUGUCGAACACAUGACCAUCGACUGGCUCACCGGCAACUUCUAUUUUGUUGACAGAGUGAGCGACAGGAUAUUUGUUUGCAAUGGUGAUGGAGACACGUGCGUUACUAUCAUAGAUCUAGAUCUUCUGAACCCUAGAGGAAUAGCAGUGGAUCCCCUCAUGGGGAUGCUCUUCUUCACGGACUACGGGAAUGUUGCCAAGGUAGAACGCUGCAAUAUGGAUGGCACCAACCGGACCAGGCUGGUGGAUUACAAGACGGAACAGCCCACAGCAGUGGCUCUGGACCUGGUGAAGAAGCUUGUGUACUGGGCUGACGCCUACCUGGAUUACAUUGAAGUGGUGGAUUACAACGGCAAAAACAGACAUGCAAUCAUCCAGGGGAGUCAAGUGUCGUAUAUCCACGACUUGGCUGUCUUUCAGAACUACCUGUAUGCGACACACUCUGAUUCGUCCGGAGGAAGUAGCACAGAGGUGCUACAGAUCCACAGGUUCAACACCACAGAACCUAAGGCGCUAACCAGCCUGGGUAACUCAAGAGGAAUUUGUGUUUACCACAAGCUCACUCAGCCAAAAGUGAGGAGUCACGCCUGUGAGACGGACCCUUAUGGGAAGCCUGGCGGGUGCUCUCACAUAUGCCUGCUGAGUGGCAGCUACAAGUCCAGGACCUGCCGCUGUCGUACAGGGUUUAGUCUGGGGAGUGAUGGACAGUCGUGCAAAAAACCCAAAAACGAUCUCUUCCUGUUCUACGGUAAGGGACGCCCAGGUGUCAUCCGAGGCCUGGACAUGAACGUUAAGUCCAGCGACGAGCACAUGGUUCCCAUCGAGGACUUGGUCAACCCCCGGGCCAUCGACUACCACGCCGAGUCCGGACACAUAUACUUUGCUGACACCACCAGUUUUCUGAUCGGCCGGCAAAGGAUCGAUGGGAACAGUCGGGAAACAAUACUAAAAGAUGAUCUUGACAACGUGGAGGGAAUCUCUGUGGACUGGAUCGGAAAUAACCUUUACUGGACGAAUGACGGAUACAGGAAGACCAUCAGUGUGGCCAGACUAGAGCAAGCUUCCCAGACCAGGAAGACGCUUCUAGAAGGGGACAUGUCCCACCCCAGGGCCAUCGUUGUGGACCCACUGAAUAGUUGGAUGUACUGGACAGACUGGGAAGAGGACGAGGUCAAUGACAGCAUAGGGAGGAUCGAGAGAGCCUGGAUGGACGGCUCCAACAGACGCAUCUUCGUCACAUCUAACAUGCUCUGGCCCAACGGCCUGACUCUGGAUCACGGCACCAGCACCAUGUACUGGUGCGAUGCCUACUACGAUCACAUUGAAAAGAUCCAUCUCAACGGCACUGGACGAACAGUUGUGCACAACGGCAAAGAACUCAACCACCCGUUUGGCAUCUCUCACUACCGUCACUCCAUCUUCUGGACUGAGUACAUGAACGCCUCUGUCUUCCAGCUGGAUCUCUCCUCAGGGGACGUCACCCUGCUGAGGAGCGAGAGACCGCCCCUCUUCGGACUCCGCGUGUAUGAUGCCCAUAGCCAGCAAGGUGACAAUGCAUGCAGGGUGAAUUAUGGGGGAUGUAGUACCCUGUGCCUGGCCAUCCCAGAAGGCAGAGUGUGUGCCUGUGCUGACAACCAGGUCCUGGAUAUGAACAAUGUCACAUGUGCAGCCUCUACAGGAGGGGCGGAACCCCAGAAAUGUAAGAGUGAUGAGUUUCAGUGUCGUAAUCAGCGCUGCAUACGGGGGUCAUGGAGGUGUGAUGGGGAUGAUGACUGUCUGGAUGGGAGUGACGAGGAAGCUCAUAGCUGCUACAACCAUAGCUGUCCCAUUGACCACUUCAAGUGCAACAACAAUCGCUGUAUUCCUAAAAGAUGGCUUUGUGAUGGAACCAAUGACUGUGGCAGCAAUGAAGAUGAGUCCAACUUCACAUGUUCAGCCCAGCCCUGCCAGCCCAACCAAUUCUCCUGUCGGAAUGGGCGCUGCAUACCCCAGGCCUGGCACUGUGACCGUGACGAUGACUGUGGAGACAUGUCAGAUGAGACCUACUCAUGCACCUUCCCGACCUGUGAGCCCCUCACCCAGUUCAGCUGUUCUAAUGGAAGAUGCAUCAGUGUGAAGUGGCAUUGUGACUCAGACGAUGACUGUGGGGAUGGCAGUGAUGAGGUAGGCUGUAUCCAUUCCUGCUCCAACACCCAGUUCCAGUGCUCUAGUGGGCGCUGCAUCCCAGACCAUUGGUCCUGUGAUGGGGACAACGACUGUGGGGACUUCAGUGACGAAAACACCACCUGUGGAGGUUCUGGAGCUGCUUUGCCCCCUGUCAUUGAGUGCAGCGGGGAGGAGUUCCACUGUCGCGCAGAUGGAACCUGCAUCCCGGAGCGUUGGAGGUGUGACGGGGACAAGGACUGUGAGGACGGGAGUGACGAGGUUGCUUGCGAGGGCACCAAGAGGAUGUGUGACCCCAAGGCCAAGUUCACCUGCAAAGACACAGGGAAGUGCAUCACCAAGAGCUGGGUGUGUGAUGGGGAUAUUGACUGUGAGGACCGAUCAGAUGAGGAGUCUUGUGAGUCAGCUGUCUGCAAGGCACCCAAGUACCCCUGUGCCAACGACACCAACAUGUGCCUCACCCCUGACAAGAUCUGCGAUGGAAAGGUGGACUGUGCUGAUCAAUCAGAUGAAGGGCCUGUUUGUGAUAAGUGUAUGGUGGGCAAGGGGGGCUGCAGCCACCAGUGUACGGUGGUCCCAGGGCAGGGGUUGGAGUGCUCCUGCCCCCCUGGCCUCCAUCUGGACUCCAACAACAGGACAUGCGAGGCGGUGGACUACUGCAGCCGUCACCUGAGGUGUAGUCAGGUGUGUGAGCAGUACAAGACAACUGUCAAGUGCUCCUGCUACCCAGGCUGGAGACUGGGCCCGGAUGGAGACAGCUGCCAUAGCACAGAUCCUUUUGAAGCUUUCAUCAUCUUCUCUAUUCGACACGAGAUAAGGCGAAUAGACCUUCAUAAGAGGGACUACAGCCUGCUGGUGCCGGGCCUGAGGAACACCAUUGCGCUCGACUUCCACUUUAAUCGCAGCCUGCUAUACUGGACAGAUGUGGUGGAGGAUAAGAUCUACAGAGGAAGGCUCUCCGACUCCGGAGGAGUGACAGGGAUUGAGGUGGUUGUUCAGCACGGGUUAGCAACUCCAGAGGGCCUGGCUAUUGACUGGAUAGCCGGGAACCUUUACUGGAUUGAUAGCAACCUGGACCAGAUCGAAGUGGCCAAGCUGAAUGGGGAUAUGAGGACAACUCUGAUCGCAGGCGGCAUGGAACACCCACGGGCCAUCGCCUUGGAUCCAGGACAAGGAAUCAUGUUCUGGACGGACUGGGAUGCUACGUUUCCUCGCAUCGAGGCUGCUUCGAUGAGCGGAGGAGGACGACACAUCGUGUUCAAGGACAUGGAGAUAGGAGCUUGGCCUAACGGGCUCACCCUGGACCAUUUAGAGAAGAGGAUCGUAUGGACAGAUGCACGGUCUGAUGCCAUCUACUCGGCGCUGUACGACGGCAGUGGGGUCAUAGAGAUCCUGAGGGGACAUGAGUACCUGUCGCACCCUUUUGCCGUGUCCCUGUUUGGGGCCAGUGUUUACUGGACAGACUGGAGAACCAACACUCUGGCCAGGGCCAACAAGUGGACAGGUCGCAACGUGACGGUCAUACAAAAGACUAGCGCCCAGCCCUUUGACCUGCAGAUUUUCCAUCCAAGCAGACAACCUCAAGCUUCCAACCCAUGUGAGGAGAAUGAUGGACGUGGUCCAUGCUCACACCUGUGUCUCAUCAAUUACAACCGCACCGCCUCCUGCACCUGUCCUCACCUCAUGAAGCUGUCCCCCGACAAACAGUCCUGCUUCGCACUGAAAAGGUUCCUGUUGUACGUCCGGCGGUCGGAGAUCAGAGGGGUGGAUAUUGACAACCCUUACAUGAACGUGAUGACCGCCCUGACAGUACCGGACAUUGAUGAUGUCACUGUGGUCGACUAUGAUGCCUUGGAGGAGAGGAUCUACUGGGCUGAUGUCAAAUCUCAAACCAUCAAACGGGCUUUCAUAAAUGGAACACAGCUGGAAACAGUCAUCUCUGGAGAUAUACUUAAUUGCCGUGGGCUGGCUUUAGACUGGCUCUCUAGGAACUUAUACUGGCUCAGCUCCGAGAACGACGAGUCACAAAUCAAUGUUGCUCGCCUUGAUGGCUCCCUUAAGACCUCUGUCAUUCAUGGGAUUGAUAAGCCAAGGUGCCUUGUAGCGCAUCCCACCAAGGGGAAGAUCUACUGGACUGAUGGAAACACCAUCAACCUGGCCAACAUGGAUGGGAGUAAUAGCAAAGUCCUUCACCAGAACCAGAGGGAACCUGUUGGCCUCUCGGUAGACUACACAGCAAACAAGCUCUAUUGGAUAAGCUCUGGCAACGGCACUAUCAACAGGUGCAAUCUGGAUGGCAGUGGGCUGGAGGUGCUGGAGACUCUGAAGAGGGAGUUAAGCAAAGCCACAGCUAUGGCUGUUAUGGGUGGUAAACUAUGGUGGGCAGAUGAUGAAUCAGCCCAGCUUGGGACGGUUACCAAGAGAGAUGGACGGAACCCUGUGGUUCUGAGGAAUAAGACCAGCGGAGUGGUGCACAUGAAGGUAUUCGACAGGGAAGGCCAAAAAGGCAGGAACCCAUGUCAGACAAACAAUGGAGGAUGUUCUCAGCUUUGCUUCCCCACAUCUGAGAACACUCGUAGCUGCUCCUGCACUGUGGGCUACAACCUGCGCUCUGACCGCAUGUCCUGUGAGGGCGUUGAGUCCUUUCUGAUGUACUCCAUCCAUGAAGGAAUCAGAGGAAUUGCCUUAGACCCCAAUGACAACAUGGAGACUCUCAUGCCCAUCACAGGGACCCUGUUUGCUGUGGGUGUUGACUUCCAUGCAGGAAAUGACACAGUGUACUGGACAGACAUGGGUCUGAACAGGAUCUCCCGUGCCAAGAGAGACCAGAUCUGGAGGGAAGACAUUAUCACGACUGGUAUCAGCAGGGUUGAGGGCAUCGCAGUUGACUGGAUAGCUGGUAACCUUUACUGGACAGACCACGGCUUUAAUCUGAUUGAGAUCUCCCGUCUGAGUGGCGCGUAUCGUUCUGUGGUAAUAUCUGAAGGUCUUGAUCAACCCAGAGCCAUUGCCGUCCAUCCACAGAAAGGAUACCUGUUCUGGACAGAGUGGGGUCAAAACCCUUGUAUAGGCCGGGCCCGUCUCGAUGGCUCUGACCAGGUCACACUGGUGAAUUCUGGGAUUGCUUGGCCAAAUGGCAUCUCCAUAGACUAUGAGGAAAACAGAUUAUACUGGUGUGAUGCUCGCACAGACAAGAUAGAGAGGAUCAACCUUGAGACCGGUGAGAGUCGGGAGAUUGUACUGUCAGCGGCCAACGUAGACCUGUUCUCAGUGGCUGUGUUCGGGGCUUACAUAUACUGGUCUGACAGGGCUCAUUCCAACGGGUCCAUCCGCCGGGGAUCUAAGAGUGACGCCACAGAUGCUGUGACCAUGCGCAGUGGCCUGGGGGUCAACCUGAAGGAUGUGACAGUGUUUAAUCGAGGCCGGGAGAAAGGUACCAAUCCAUGCGCCAGGAGUAAUGGGGGAUGCCAGCAGCUGUGCUUUCACCUAGGCAGUGGGCGUAGGACCUGUUCUUGUGCCCACGGCCACCUGGCUGAGGACGGCUUUGCCUGCAAGCGAUAUGACGGGUACCUGCUCUACUCCGAGAGGACUAUCCUGAAGAGCAUCCACCUCUUCGACGAGAACGACCUCAACUCGCCUGUGCAGCCCUUUGAGAGGCCCGCCUUUUUUAAGAACAUCAUUGCCCUGACAUUUGACUACCGUCAGAAGACUGCAGGGACAAACCGCAUUUUCUUCAGCGACAUACACUUUGGGAAUAUCCAAAUGAUAAAUGACGACUGGACUGGAAGAUAUAUCGUAGCAGAGAAUGUGGGUUCUGUGGAGGGUCUUGCAUACCACCGUGCCUGGGACACACUGUACUGGACCAGCUCAACCACCUCCAGCAUCAGCAGGCAGACUGUAGACCAGGACCGCCCUGGUGCCCUUAGCCGGGAGGCCGUGGUUACCCUGUCUGAGGACGACCACCCUCACGUCCUCGCCCUGGACGAGUGCCAGAACCUGAUGUUUUGGACCAACUGGAAUGAGCAGAGGCCCAGUAUUAUGAGAUCUAACCUGGCAGGGAAAAACAUAAAGGUGAUUGUAAGCACAGACAUCUUGACCCCAAAUGGACUGACCAUUGACCACAAGGCUGAGAAGAUCUAUUUCUCAGAUGGGAGCUUGGGGAAGAUUGAGAGGUGUGAUUACGAUGGCUCCCACAGAUAUGUCAUUGUAAAGUCCGGCCCUGGAACCUUCUUUGGCCUUGCUAUCUACGGAGACUUUAUCUUCUGGUCGGACUGGGCCCGACGGGCGGUUCUGCGUUCUAACAAGUACACAGGAGGAGACACCAAGGUACUGCGAGCAGACAUCCCCCACCAGCCCAUGGGAAUCGUCGCCAUUGCCAACGACACAAACAGCUGCGAGUUGUCUCCAUGCCGAGUGCUAAAUGGAGGAUGUGGUGACAUCUGCCUACUGACCCCGGAAGGAAGAGUCAACUGUAAUUGCAGAGGAGAGCGUGUGCUAUUGGAUGAUAACAGAUGUGUGUCAGAGAAUUCUUCCUGCAACAUCCACACUGAGUUUGAAUGUGGGAACGGCGAGUGUAUUAGCUACCAGCUCACGUGUGAUGGAAUAGCCCAGUGCAAGGACAAGUCCGAUGAAAAGAUGCAAUACUGUGAUAACAGGCAGUGCAGACGGGGCUUUAGGGCCUGCUACAACCAGCGCUGUGUGGCCAACAGUCGCUUCUGUGAUGGGAUUGAUGACUGUGGGGAUAGCUCUGACGAGGCUUUAUGUAACAAUGUCACGUGUGCCACUGCCGAGUCUUCCUGCCAGGAUGGCAGUUGUGUCCCCAGCUCCGCCUGGUGUAACCAGGUCAUCGACUGCGCUGACGCUUCGGAUGAGAAGAACUGCAAUCACACUGACUGUUCCAACUUCUACAAACUGGGGGUGAAGGAGAGGAGUUUCAUCAGCUGUAACUCCACCAGUCUGUGCAUCCACCCCUCGUGGAUCUGCGAUGGAGCCAACGACUGUGGAGAUUAUGCCGAUGAGACCAGCUGCCAGGUUUCUCAUGGACACAAGUGUGACGAGGGCCACUUUGCCUGUCCCAGUGGGAACUGCAUCUCCAGCGUGUGGCUGUGUGAUGGGCAGAAAGACUGCGAGGACGGUGCAGAUGAGUUCCAGUGCGACUCCUCCUGCCUGUGGAACCAGUUUGCCUGCUCCAAAAACAAGUGCAUUGCUAAGCAGUGGCUGUGUGAUGGGGAGAAUGACUGUGAGGAUGGCCUGGAUGAAAGUGUACAAAUCUGCGGUUCUGUGACGUGUGCUCCAGGGUUGUUCAGCUGCCCAGGCUCAUACGCCUGUGUGCCCAAGCGCUGGCUCUGUGACGGGGAGAGGGACUGCCCCGAUGGCAGCGAUGAGCUCUCUGCUGCUGGCUGUGCACCCAACAACACGUGUGAUAACAACUCCUUUCGCUGUCACAACAAAGCCUGCAUCCCUCAGCACUUUGUCUGUGAUCAUGACGAUGACUGUGGGGAUGGGUCAGAUGAGUCUGUAGAAUGUGACUACCGCUCAUGUGGACCGGAUGAGUUCCGCUGUGGCGACGGGCGCUGCUUGCUUAGUGCGCAGUGGGAGUGUGAUGGCUACGCAGACUGCCCAGACCGCUCAGACGAGCUGCCAGUGGACCUCAAAUGUCUGGCAGCAGGGAGUUUGUGUAAUGGCUCCUUCUUCAUGUGCUCCAAUGGUCGCUGCAUCUCCGAGACGAGCCUCUGUGACAAGAAGAACGACUGUGGAGACCACUCUGAUGAGAAGAACUGCAACGUGAACGAGUGCCUGAACCGCAGAGUCAGUGGCUGCACGCAGGACUGUCAAGACCUCACAGUGGGAUACAAGUGUAAGUGCUGGCCAGGUUUUCGUCUGAAGCAUGAUGGGAAGACGUGUGUGGACAUUGACGAGUGCUCCUCCAGCCUACCUUGCAGCCAGCGCUGCAUCAACACCUAUGGCUCCUUCAGGUGUCUCUGUGUGGAUGGAUACGAAGCCCUGGAGCGUAACCCCAACACCUGCAAGGCCCUCUCAUUGGAGGAACCCUUACUCAUACUAGCAGACCAUCAUGAAAUCAGGAAACUCAGUGUGGAUGGAUCUAAUUAUACCAUUUUGAAACAGGGACUCAACAACAUCAUCCACAUAGACUUUGACUAUAGGAAAGAGUUUAUCUACUGGAUCGACUCCACCAGACCCAGCGGACGUAGGAUCAACAGAAUGCGACUCAAUGGGAGUGACCUCAAGAUAGUUCAUCGGACGGCCGUGCCUAGUGCACUAGCCGUGGACUGGAUAGGAAAGAACCUGUACUGGUGUGACGUGGAGAGGAAGACUCUGGAGGUCUCCAAGGCUAAUGGCCUUUAUCCCACAAUUCUAAUUAGCUCUGGCCUCAGAAACCCCACUGAUCUGACCCUCGACCCUCAGACUGGGUUUGUGUUCUGGGUAGACUGCUGUGAGUCGCCUCAUAUUGGUCGUAUUGGCAUGGACGGGCGGGGCCAGGUCAUUCUCAUUGACACAGAGAUCUACAGCCCCACCGCUCUCACUAUUGAUUACACCAACCAGAGGCUCUACUGGGCAGAUGACAACCACAUUCUGUUUGCCAACAUGGAUGGUUCCCAAAGACACAAAGUGUCCUAUGAGCACAUUCAGGGGGUGAUGGGACUGACCCUGUUUGAGGACUUUGUCUACUGGACCGACGGGAAGUCCAAAUCACUCAGAAGAGCCCAGAAGACGACCGGAGCUCAAGGGCUAGAACUGCUCAACUCCUGGCAAGCCAUUAAAUCAAUCAAGGUCUAUCAUUCUCUGCGCCAGCCUGAAGUGCCCAAGCAUCAAUGUCAGGUGGCCAAUGGAGGCUGCAGCCACUUAUGUCUUCUGUCCCCGGGCGGUGAACACAAGUGUGCUUGUCCAACUAACUUCUACCUGGCGGCAGACAAUAAGACUUGCCUCUCCAACUGCACAGCCAGUCAGUUCCGCUGUGGGACAGACGAGUGUAUUCCUUUCUGGUGGAAGUGUGACACUGUGGAUGACUGUGGGGAUGGAUCAGAUGAGCCUGCAGACUGCCCGGAAUUUAAAUGUCAGCCAGGGCGAUUCCAGUGUGGCACUGGCCUGUGUGCCCUUCCCCCGUUUAUCUGCGAUGGAGAGAAUGACUGUGGAGACAACUCGGACGAGGCCAACUGCGAGACUUACAUCUGUUUGACAGGACAGUUCAAAUGCACCAGAAAGCAGAAGUGCAUCCCUCAAAACCUGCGCUGUAAUGGACAGGAUGAUUGCGGUGAUGGAGAGGAUGAGACAGACUGCCCGGAGAGCACCUGUUCCCUAGACCAGUUCCAGUGCAAGGCCUCCAUGCACUGCAUUUCCAAGCUAUGGGUCUGUGAUGAGGACCCGGACUGUGCUGACGGGUCAGACGAGGCUAAUUGCGAUGAAAAGACCUGCGGACCUCAUGAAUUCCGCUGUGAGAAUAACAACUGUAUUCCGGACCACUGGAGGUGUGACAGCCAGAACGACUGUGGAGACAACUCUGACGAGCAGAACUGCAAGCCAGUAACCUGUAAUCACAAGGACUUUGCCUGUGCUAAUGGGGACUGCAUAUCAGCUCGAUUCCGCUGCGAUGGAGACUAUGACUGCGUUGAUAAUUCAGAUGAGAAAGACUGUGAGGCACGUUGUACUGCUGACCAGUUCCAGUGCCUGAACAACCUGUGCAUCUCAUUCAAGUGGCUCUGUGAUGGCCAAGAGGACUGCAAGACCGGAGAGGAUGAGAGGAACUGCCAGGGAACAGUGGCCCCUUCCUGCUCCCUGAAUGAGUAUGUGUGUGCCAGUGGAGGCUGUGUCUCCGCUAGCCUGAGGUGCGACGGACACGACAACUGCGUAGACGGCUCAGAUGAGGCGGGCUGUGUUAAGGAGUGCAAAGAGGAUGAGUUUCUGUGUCUGAACCACGCCCACUGUAUCCCACGACGAUGGCGCUGUGAUGACGUGUUUGACUGCGUGGACCACAGUGAUGAGGAGAACUGCAGCCAAGGAGUUUUUUUCUGCCGUGCCGAUGAGUUCAUUUGCAACAACACGUUGUGCAAGCUCCACACAUGGGUGUGUGACGGCAAGGACGACUGUGGAGACAACUCAGACGAGGACACGGAAAUGUGUGCCAAACUCAUCUGCCCCCCCACAAGGCCAUAUCGCUGCAGAAAUGACCAUGUGUGUCUGCGCACAGACCAAGUGUGUAACAAGGUGGACGAUUGCGGGGAUAAUUCUGAUGAGGAGGAGUGUGAAAUGGUGGCUGGGAAACCCAGGCCUUGUGGGAAGACAGAGUUCACCUGCAGUAACCAGCGCUGCAUCCCUGCCCAGCUGCAGUGUGACCUCUUCAACGAUUGUGGGGAUGGAGGAUCUGACGAGCAGGACUGCAAGGCCUUUUCUAACGGAGACGUAUGUGUCAAGAGAACAAAUCCAUGUGGGGAAGAUGCAAUAUGUAAUCAAACAAACAUAAAUGCUAUAUGCCAGUGCAGAACAGGCUUCAAGAGAAACCAAAAGACUGGUCAAUGUGAAGAAAUCAAUGAGUGUCUAAACUUUGACACAUGUUCUCAUCAUUGUACAAACACUAAAGGAUCCUUUAAGUGCACUUGUGACAGAAAUUUUAAGGAAAUCAAUGGCAACUGUUUAGCAAAAGGACCAGAAGAUCGAGUGCUCUACAUAGCUAAUGACACUGAAAUCCGAAGUUUUGUGUAUCCAUUUAACCAGAGCCAUGGACACAAACUACUCACUCGCAUCGAGGACAAUGCCCGUAUUAUUGGAAUGGAUGCUUUGUUUCAUCAACAAAAGUUUAUCUGGGCUACUCAGUUUAAUCCUGGUGGACUUUUUUACAAAGAAAACCUAGACAGAAGUCAAACUAAAACUAAUGUUGGAAACAUUUGUUCAGACUUCCGUCGACCAAGGGAUGUGUCAGCUGACUGGAUUACAGGAAAUGUAUACUGGACGGACCACUCUCGGAUGCACUGGUUCAGUUAUUACACAGCUCAUUGGACUAAGCUGAGGUAUUCUAUAAACGUGGGCCAGAUCAGUGGACCAAACUGCACUCGUCUGAUAACUGACAUUGCAGGAGAGCCUUAUGCAAUUGCUGUCAACCCAGCCAGAGGGAUGAUGUAUUGGACAGUGAUUGGUGAUCAUUCCCACAUUGAGGAGUCGGCCAUGGAUGGAUCCAUGCGGAGGGUCCUCUUAGAGAAAAACCUGAGGAGGCCCACGGGCCUGGCGAUCGAUUACUUCAACCAACGUUUGUAUUGGGCUGAUCCUGAGCUUUCAGAGAUAGGGAGCAUGAGAUUGGACGGGUCGGACCCCCUGGUGACAAUCAGUGACAGACACGGAAUAGCACAGCCUUAUAGGAUUGACUUAUUUGAAGACUACAUCUAUGGAACAGGGUUGAAACAUGAGGUCUUCAGGGUCUACAAGUAUGGCAAACAGCCUGUGGAGUUUCUCAAUCUAGGUCUAGAGAAACCCACCAACGUCUUGAUUGCCCACCGCUACAAACAGCAAGAUGUCACCAAUCCCUGUUUGAGGAUGAGCUGUGACUUCAUGUGUCUGCUGAACCCGACGGGUGCCACUUGUACUUGCCCAGAGGGGAAGAUCGUGGUGAACGGAACCUGCAGUGAUGUCAAUAUUUCAGGGGAGCUCUGUCGACCGCCCUGCGAGAACGGUGGUCGCUGCCUGGCCAAUGAGAAGGGAGACUGGCGGUGUUACUGCUGGCCUGACUUCUCUGGAGAGAGAUGUGAGGUGAACCACUGUACAGACUACUGCCUAAACGGAGGCACCUGCAUGGGCUCUCCCCUGGGGAAGCCUACGUGUCGCUGUCCAGCAGGGUUCACAGGUCCAUUCUGUGAGAAGCGGGUGUGUGAUAACUACUGUCUAAAUGGGGGCACCUGUGAUGUCAGCCAGGGUAACCAGCCUGUGUGCCGGUGCAUGGCAGAAUAUACCGGAGACCGCUGCUCAUACCAUAUCUGCCAUCACUACUGUGUAAACUCCAGGGCCUGCACAUUGUCCAGCAGUGGCCAUGUUGAAUGUGUGUGUCCAGCCAGAUUUGAAGGAAACAAGUGUGAGGUAGACAAGUGUCAGCGUUGCCAUGGAGCCCCUUGUUUGGUCAACGAGGACUCGGGAGACGCGGUCUGCAACUGCACGAAUGGCAGAAUCGCGCCCAGCUGUCAACUGUGUGACGGUUACUGUUACAACGGAGGCAUCUGUCACCUGGACCCAGACACCAACCUGCCCUUCUGCCACUGCACGUCAGGGUUCAAGAACCAACGUUGUGAUGAGCUGGCCAACCCAUGUGAUUACUUCUGUCAGAAUGAGGGGAUGUGCACAAUCACUGCCCUUAACAAACCACGCUGCAAGUGUUCUGCCAACUGGGCGGGCACACAGUGUGAAAGGCCAGCCCCAAAGAGCAGUCGAUCAGACAACACAAGUGGAGGGAGCAUCGCUAUAAUUGUGCCUCUGGUCCUGCUCGUCAUCUUGAUCACCACUGUGGUAGCUGGGGUUUUCUUCUGCAAACGGAAGCAGAGGGGUAAACGACGACAGAGGCAGCCCAUGACUAAUGGUGGAUUGAACGUGGAGAUCGGUAACCCCUCGUACAACAUGUAUGAGGUUGACCAUGACAACCACGCAGAUGCAGGCAGCUUGCUGCGACCCAACUUCACGCUGGACCCUCACAAGGGCUGGUGUGUGAAGUCCAGUGACCCUUGUACCCUGGGCAUACAUGCUGUGCCCAAGGAGGUUAUACCUGGACAGCCAAUGAACUACUCCAACCCAGUGUAUGCAAAGAUAUACCUUGAUGGACAGAACUGUCGGAAGCCAGUCAUCAACAUCGAUGAGAGGAGAGAGCUACUCCCAAAGAAACUGGAGGGGACAAUUCGUGAAACCGCCGCAUAGCCUGACACUUUCUACUCCCUUUUAUAUGAGUGUACAAAUGUAUAAAGUGAAAAGGAAAAUACACAUUUUCUAUUUCCUAUCAGGCUCUUGGUUUAGUUUGUUGGUUUAGUUCCCAAUGUUUGUCAAACAUUUGUUAUACAGCACAUAGCGUAUAACACUGAAGUAAAGCUGCUGAUUAAAAAAAA